AUGCCUGGCUUCUCAGAGCCUGCCACCUCGCUUGCCGCUACAUGGAAGAAACGGAAGCGGGACAAUGAAGAAAACGUUGGCUUGAGUCGUCCGUCAUCCGCCUUCCCCUUCUGUAAAGAGUACAGUAGCUACGACACCAGUCGCCCAUUGUCUCUGUCUCGGCACCCUGCAGAGAUCAACGAGUUGUCAUUUCGCCCCCGAUGUCUCCCUCGGAAACGAAGACACCUACAGCCCCCAUAUCUUGCCAUCCAGACUCACCAGUCUCCAUCCCUCCUUCCACCCAACGUCUACAGUUCUGCUCAGGACGCCUACUCUCCGCCCGUGUCUCCCAAGACGUUGGUGCCACUUCCUUGUCCCCCAACAUCCGCCUCGGCUCUGCGACCUUGUCACAUCUGCCAUCGACGCCCUACGACACGACAGCUCUUGGACGCCUAUGCGGACUGUGAUCUAUGCCACCAGCGAGCUUGUUUCAUCUGCCUGCGUCAGUGUGAUGCCCCCAACUGCCCAGGCUCCGAGUCUACCGCCGCGUCGGAUGAGCAUCAGCAAGAUCUCUACUUUUCCCCGGGUGAUAUGGGUGACGAGAAGAUGACUCGCAAACGUAAAGUUUGCUCUCGCUGCGCCGUCGAGGGACUUUCCGAGACAGGUCUGGAGAUUGUUCGUUGCUUGGACUGCGUCCAUGGUCUUUCCACAUCGAUGUGGCCUACGGAUCACAUGAAUCAUGAUAUGAUGCACGGAUGA